AUGGCGUGUGCGGCGACUGUUGUUAUGCCGGAGUGGGUGACCGCACACUACGACGUUCUUCGUGAGCUUGGGCGAGGCGCGUACGGUGGAGUGUUCGAGCUGCGGGAGAAGUCGAGGUGGAUCAAGAAGAAAAAGGUGGCGUGUAAGAUACUGGACGUUGAGAGGGAGAAAUCUCAAAGCCAUGAAGCGGCGAUAAUGAAGAAGCUUCAUAACCUUCACGGAGUGGUGUGCCUUAAAAAGGCGCACUGCGAUUCAACGUGUUCCUGCAUGGUUAUGGAAUUGUGCGAGUGCGACCUAGUCACGGCCAUGGCCACCGGCGUGAUCGAGUACGAUAAGAUCCAAAUAGCCCAACACUUUCGGCAUCUCGUCAAGACAAUCAAAGCAAUGCAUCACGCCGGAAUUGUUCACCGGGAUCUCAAGCCGGAGAACGUUUUGGUAACGAAGAAACGGGAGCUCAAGGUCGGCGAUUUUGGCACGGCUGUGGAGAUUGAAAAGGGAGGCAAGCUCCACGAGGUGACGGGCACCUGGAACUACAUGGCCCCAGAGAUGAUAUUCCAGGGAAGCUACGAUGAGAGGGUGGACGUGUACGCGUUGGGACUCAUCCUUUACUUCAUGCUGGAGCUAAAGGCUCCCGAAGAUCGGAAGAUAGAUUUCCAACAGUGCCCAGCCGCGGCGAUGGAUCUUAUCAACAAGAUGAUCGACAAUGAUCCGGCAAAGAGAAUAACACUGGACGAAGCCUUGAGGCACCCUUUCUUGCAACACCACCACAAGGGAUAUUAA